GUAACAUCUAUUUAAUGAUGUCACUCUGAAAAGUUGGUUAGUCGACGUUUUCACGAAAAUAAAGUAUUAAAACUCUUAGGACCAACGAAAAAUAAUAUCAUCUUUUAAUAAUGGACCUGAUUGUGAACCAACCUGUCGUUAUAGACAAUGGUUCUGGUGUCAUUAAAGCCGGUUUCGCCGGCGAUCAGAUACCGAAAUGCAGAUUUCCGAACUAUAUAGGUCGUCCGAAACAUGUGCGUGUUAUGGCGGGUGCUUUGGAGGGGGAUUUGUUUGUGGGACCGCAGGCCGAGGAACACAGAGGACUGCUCACCAUCAGAUAUCCCAUGGAGCAUGGGAUUGUGACCGACUGGAAUGACAUGGAAAAAGUCUGGACUUACAUAUACACUAAGGACCAACUGUCAACAUGCCCCGAGGAGCAUCCUGUGUUGUUGACGGAGGCUCCGAUCAACCCUCGUCGUAACAGAGAGAAGACGGCCGAAGUGUUCUUCGAAACCUUCUCUGUACCUGCACUGUUCCUAUCAAUGCAGGCGGUUCUCAGCUUAUACGCGACCGGGCGGACCACGGGCGUGGUGCUGGACUCGGGGGACGGCGUCACGCACUCGGUGCCGAUAUACGAGGGGUUCGCGAUGCCCCACAGCAUCAUGAGGGUGGACGUGGCGGGCAGGGACGUCACCAAGUACUUGAGGUUGCUUCUUCGUAAGGAAGGUGUUAACUUGGAGACGUCGGCCGAGCUGGAGAUCGUGAAGGCGAUCAAGGAGCGCGCCUGCUACCUGUCCCCGAACCCACUCAAGGAAGAGACUCUGGACCCGGAGAAGGCGCAAUACUGUCUCCCAGACGGGACACAGCUGGAGAUCGGUCCAGCUCGUUUUCGAGCUCCAGAAGUACUGUUCCGUCCAGAUCUCAUAGGAGCGGAGUGUGAGGGUCUGCACGAGGUGCUGAUGUUCGCUAUCCAGAAGUCCGACAUGGACCUGCGGAAGGUGCUGCACCAGAACAUCGUUCUGUCCGGAGGAUCCACGCUGCUGAGGGGCUUCGGAGACAGACUGCUGGCGGAGAUCAGGAGACUCGCGCCCAAAGACAUGAAGAUCAGGAUCUCAGCUCCUCAAGAGCGGCUGUACUCCACCUGGAUAGGCGGUUCCAUUCUGGCGUCCUUGGACACCUUCAGGAAGAUGUGGGUCUCCAAGAGAGAGUACGAGGAGGAGGGACACCGCGCCGUGCACCGGAAGACCUUUUAGACCUGUUACAAUAAGAGUUCACAUAUAGCGUGAGGGUAGACGCGGAUAUCACAUAGGUCAACGACCUUUCUCAAUGCACAACAGGAUCUUGGAUGAUUUUCGGCAUUUAUUCGUCUUGUCGUUAUGUGAAUAUUGUUUUGUUUGUGCACUCAGAGCUACUAAACUAUAUAUAUAUAUAUUAGCUUCUUUAAUCAAGAAAUUAUUUUAUUCGUCUACCCUCAAUCAUUUAGUACAUAGAUCUUGUAAGUGCGAGAAGUGUUUGUAUAAUGUUCACUCUAACUUUAUUAACUCUAUGUACUCUAUCUAUAAGAAAAUACUCGUCGCGACGAAUAAACGCGGCGGUGUGCUUACCAUGCGUCUGGUCCUCACAAUACGGAGAGUUAGCAGUAUUUUAGCGCUCAUUCAGGACUGAACUGUAAAACUGUCCGUGUUUAGUAAAACAAAAGUUUGUCUUCUAUAGUCGAGUGCUUAGAGAAAACUUAAUAUACUACAGAGAGAUUAAAUCGCUAAUGAUGCAACUUUCUCGUUCGGAACGUCUCGAUGGGAGAAUUUCUUCGCAGCUCUAAGAAGUCGCUUAAUAGCUUGGAGGAAACUUAAAUAUAUAACGAAAUAAAAAAAACUAGUAUUACACGAACAGGGGAUGCGAAUAUUAAUAUUCCGCGAGUCGAAACUACUGGAAGAGAUGAUUAUUUAUUUAAUGUAUGUGUGUGUGCCGCGGAGACCAGCUGGUAUCGGAAACAGGAAAUACAGAAUGGAAAAGCCGUGACACGAUGGUUCAGACGGAGAAGCGCCUGAGACGAGAUCUUCAUAGACAGUGGGUUCGACGCCAGCUCCUUCAUAUGUUUUAUUGUACAUUAAUUAAUCGAUUUUCUUAUAAAUUAUAAAUAGAAUAAAAAAGAUAUUUUUCCGUUUUAAUACACGAACAAACUGUAGAACAUUCCAAUGUGACCUAUAUAUAUAUGUGGGUAUCAGAGGUUGUAUGUGUCCCGCGUCGCCACACUGGUCCUUGCUGUGGGAUAUUUUUUUUAUUUAAAUAAAUUAUUGUAAUAUUACA